AUGGAUUGUGAAGCACCAGAUGGCGGUUUAAUUGCCGAGCGCUAUCAUUUGCCGUCUUUGAAGUACUUGUAUAAAGUUAAGGUCAAUGCUCAAACAUCUUUACAUGGACUGAUAUGUGUAUGCGGCAAAAAUAAUAAGUUAGUUUUAUGGAAUCCAUUAACGGGCGAGUUUAAAGUGUUAAUCAAUCCUUGCGCAAAAAAAGUAAAAGUAUUAGGAUUGUAUUACACUGGCACGUCUAAUAAGGAUUAUAAACUUCUAAGUGUAACCUCUAUUCUCAACGUUCACACAUACUCGUUGAAAUCAAAUUCAUGGAGAAAGGUUGACUCAAUAGACAACUAUCAAACUCUGUCCGACUUGGGAGUUAGACGAGGGGCAAUCAGUAGUAGUACUUGGUUUAAUGGAAAUCUCUAUUUCUUGAUAGAACGUUCAGUUCUAAAGUUCGACACACAGAUGGAAAAGUUCACCAUAAUACCAACUCAUCCCUCUUUUAAGGAUUUGAACAUUAAGGUUUUGACAAUGAACCUUAAAAAAGGCGUUAUUCACUUGGGUGUCAAAUAUGAAACUGAGAUUAGUCUACAUCAGCAAUCUAAAAAGGCUUGUAUCCAGUUGUGGAGGAUGACAACAGAUGAGAUUUGGGAGAAGGUAGGAUUAUCUUAUAGAGUUGAUAUCUCUAUGGACCCAUUUCACUGGUUACGGAAUAAAACUUGGCUUAUGAUUGAAUCACUUGACCAAAAACUGUAUAAAGUUGAUUGCAGUAAAAGUUAUACUAAAGGCAAAAAGUUUAUAACCGGAGGCAAAAGCGUGCCAAUUGUUAAGAUGGACGAAGGGUAUGCUAAAUUGAACUACAUGGAGUCUUUUAUGCCAAUUGAUGGAUCCAUAUGA